UGCCCCUUUACAAACUGCCUCUUCUUUAGAAACUUUCUCCUCUCUCUCAUAACACACUCUCUCUCUCUCUCUCUCUCUCUUCUCUCUUUUUAAUUUCGUCUUUUCCUUUUCCCCCAAUUCUCUGUUCUCUCUUGCUGGGUUUGGUUUUAGCAGAUUUUAUGAAAAAUUAAGGCCUUUUACUUAAAACUCACUGAUCUGGAUUUUUAAUUUUUUUUUCUAUUUUAUUUUUGGUUUUUUUUUUAAUCUCUGAAAUAUUGUCCUUCUCCUUGGUUGAAUGAAUUCGUGAUUUCUGUAACCGUUUGUAUUUUCCAGCGAUUUCUUAUCCGAUUCCGGGGUUUUUAAACCUUUUUUCCUUCUUUUGGUUGUUUUUUAAUUUCCUAAACGGUCCCUGAGUUUUUUGGACUCAUCCGUACUGGCCCUACGUUUUCGAAGUAUUUUAAAGGGAAAAAAGUAAGUGGGGGGCAAUUUCGGGAAUUCAAAUAAAAAUUAAAAAAAGCAUUUUGAGAUGCAUGUGGCGUUGACGUGGCAUGCGCAAAUCGAGCCAUGAGUGCAACCAUGAUGAACCACUCACGCCGUCAGUCAUUGCCGUCAACAGGCAACAACAAUAGUAGUAGUAACAAACGGAAAGAGAGAGACGGGUACAUUGACGGUUUCAAACCGUCAGCUCUAACGACCAAAAACUUAGCCCGGCCCAGCAUCCAUCAUCGGGCCCCCGCGCCGGCUAAAUCCCCCAAGCCGGCUUCCCCAGCCGCCGCCGCCGCCUCCUCUUCUGGUGCUAGUAAUAAGCUCCUGGCUGGGUAUUUGGCGCACGAGUUCCUGACAAAGGGGACAUUAUUCGGGGAGACGUGGGACCCAGCCAGAGCCGAAGCCGGUGUACCUCUUUCUUCCUCCUCCGCCUCGUCGUCGACGUCGGGCAGGGGAAGACCGGCGCAUCCGAUGGCGGAGAAGAGGAAAGCCGAGCCGAGUGGGAAAGCUGAGGAAGAGGACGAGAGGAAGCGAAUCGAAAAGCAACGGAGGUAUGUGGAAGUAGCGGAUUUGCUGAGGACGGAUGGGGUCCACAUCCCGGGGAUCGUCAAUCCGACCCAGCUUGCCCGUUUUUUACAGCUCUGAUUGACGGAAUUUGGUCGGAGGAGAAAGGGAGGCUGCUUAUAUCGAUGGGAUCGACACGUGGGGAGAUCUGAUUGGAUUGGGGAGGGAAAAAAAAAAAAAACAUUGUAGGGAAAAAACGAAGAUUCUGAAUUGGUGGCGGUCCAGUGGUCCUCCCCCUCUGCAACAAAAAGAGAAAAAAGAAAUAGAAUGAAAUUUGGGAUCUCGGUCUCUUCUGGGCUCCCUCACAAUUUUAGUUCUGAAAAUUUGUUUCUCUGUAAUCAAAAAUCUAGAAGAGGUGGGUUAUAGUUGUUGUUAGUUAGUUUCUCCGGUGGAAUCCGACAUUUGUAAGGUCCAUUGUAUAUUUAGAAGCGAUGUAUGUGUGUGGAUUAAUAUGUUGUUGUAGCAUGCAUGCAGUGAUUGCAUUUGCAGCCACACCCCAUGAAUUUUACAUUACUUUCUUUGUUCAUCAAAUGGCGCCUUCCUUUUCUUUUCUCAAUGUUUGAUUUAUCCGUUUCUUAUGUUACGUAUAUUAAG